GCGAGGGCAAGACGCACUGCAAGAUCGCGCACAAGUUCAGUCGAGGCGUCUAAAGUGCACGCAACAUCACUGUUUGCGCGGAACAGCCUUGCACGAGUGUGCAUCGUGAUAGGGGGAAGAAAGAACUGUCGAAAAAGUGAUUUCAUUUUCAACAACCCUUUUGAGCACGUCCACCAAAGAAGACAGGGCGCGAGGAAGCGUUAUAGAGCGCUGUCAAGUUUUCGAACUGGUCUCUGUUUUUUUGUUUUAGUAGUAUUUAUUUUUCCAAUAUGAAUGCUGGGGAAGAAAACUUGCUGAAAUCCAUCAGCAAUGACACCCUGCUGGACCUGACGCAGCGGUAUGGACAGUCCGCCUUCGGCUUCGGCGCUGGCCGUGGUGCUGGAAGUCCUGUCCGUUUCUCCCUCACACCUGCUGCAGAUUUCCUCUCCGGCCAAACGGGCAAGUCGAACGAAAGUGGCGGGGAGCAGACCAGCGACGAAGACGACGGGUUCGACCAACUCGAAUCGCGUAAGAGAGGUGCGGGUUUCGACGAAGAGAAGCUCUCGAGUGCUCUCGCCAAGAAGCCGAAAGAGCAGAGAUCUCUCCGGUUGAGCAUCAACGCGCGGGAGCGGAGACGAAUGCACGACCUCAAUGACGCUCUGGACGGCCUGAGGUCUGUGAUUCCAUACGCGCACAGUCCGUCAGUGAGAAAACUAUCUAAAAUCGCAACUUUGCUUCUUGCUAAAAACUACAUCCUAAUGCAGGCACAAGCGCUGGAGGAGAUGCGCCGGUUGGUGGCUUAUCUUAACCAAGGACAGACCAUAACUUCUCCCAUUCCCACCGCACUGGCGCCUUUUGGACAGGCAGCCGUGUACCCUUUUUCGGGCACGGCAUUGGCCACCUGCGCGGAGAAAUGCAGCUCUUUCUCUGGGACCCCUUCCAACCUCUUCAAACACUGCAACGACAAGCCUUGACUUCCACGCACUGAACUCUCACCUGCAUCAUCCUUGUGUUGGUCUAAAUGCGCUUUCGAAAUAUUUAGUUGGGAAUGGGUUUAGGGCUAAUUCCCUGCUAAACAACUACGAUGUUUCAUCCAGAUUUACUAGAUAAUACAACAAAUAACGUUAAAUAAAUGCAAUAUUAAAUUGGAAUUUAAUCCCAAGUAUUAUUAGAAUAAGCUUUUAAAUCCUUCAAAUUCCUUGGUUUUCUACUUUAUUCCCCAAACAAAGGAUCAUGAAAUGAACAAAGAGACAAAAAUAAAUCAUACCUAGCAUGCUCACAGUCUGCGGAGGAUUUGUUUGUUUAUUCAAACCGCAAAUUUGCCCUUUCAGCGUUAUUGGUGAACUAUGCAAUAUACUGCAAUGAAAACGACAUGGCCCACAGGCAAUAAUUUCACAAAGAAUGGUUUAUUAUUUAAAACCUGAAUAUGUGCUGAACUGUUUCAUCUGGUCCAUCAGGGUAUCAGGAAAAACGGUAUAACAUUAUAAAAUAUAUGGCCAAAAACGAUUUUGUUUUUGUUAUUGCACAAUUCAAUCGAUUGUAUUGUACAACUGUGAAAAAAACUACUUGAUCAAGCCUACAAAGCAUUUGAACUUGUUGCGA